AUGCAGGGAGACGCACGCCCGCCGCACACCCGUGCCCACCGUCGCUGUCCCCGCAGCGGUGCCUACUCGCUGACGCUGCGGGAGCUGUCGGUGCGGGCGCUGGGGCUGCGGUCCCUGCAGGAGAUCAGCAGCGGGAUGGUGCUGGUGCACCACAACCCCCAGCUCUGCUUCCUCCAGAAGGUGCCGUGGGGCAGCAUCUUCCGCAACCCCCGGCAGCGCCUCUUCCAGACCCACAACACCCCCGAGCAGUGCGAGAGCGAGGGGUUGGUCUGCUUCCACCUCUGCGCCCAUGGGCACUGCUGGGGCCCCGGCCCGACCCAGUGCGUGGCCUGCGAGCGGUUCCUGCGGGGCCAGGAGUGCGUCGCCUCCUGCAACCUCCUGGAGGGAGCCAUCCGGGAGCACGCCAACGGCACGCGGUGCCUGCCCUGCCACCCCGAGUGCCAGCCCCAGAACGGCACCGAGACCUGCUUCGGACCGGAAGCGGACCAGUGCGUGGCUUGUGCCCACUACAAGGACGCGCAGCAGUGCGUGCGCCGGUGCCCCAGCGGGGUGAAGGCGGACGCCUCCUUCGUUCCCAUUUGGAAGUAUCCGGAUGAAGACGGCGUUUGCCAGCUCUGCCCCACCAACUGCACCCACUCGUGCACGAUCCGGGAUGAGGACGGCUGUCCCGUGGACCAGAAGCCAAGCCAGGUCACGUCCAUCAUCGCUGGCGUGGUUGGGGCUCUGUUGGUCGUGGUCCUGCUGCUCAUCACCGUUGUGUGCGUGAAGCGCCGGCGGCAGCAGGAGCGCAAGCACACCAUGCGGCGCCUGCUGCAGGAGACCGAGCUGGUGGAGCCGCUGACGCCCAGCGGGGCCCUCCCCAACCAGGCCCAGAUGCGGAUCCUCAAGGAGACUGAGCUCAAGAAAGUCAAGGUCUUGGGCUCCGGCGCUUUCGGCACCGUCUACAAGGGCAUCUGGAUCCCCGACGGGGAGAGCGUGAAGAUCCCGGUGGCCAUCAAGGUCCUGCGGGAGAACACAUCCCCCAAAGCCAACAAGGAGAUCCUGGACGAGGCCUACGUGAUGGCAGGGGUGGGCAGCCCCUACGUGUCCCGGCUGCUGGGCAUCUGCCUGACGUCCACGGUGCAGCUGGUGACGCAGCUGAUGCCCUACGGCUGCCUCCUGGACUACGUGCGCGAGAACAAGGACCACAUCGGCUCCCAGGACCUGCUCAACUGGUGUGUGCAGAUCGCCAAGGGGAUGAGUUACCUGGAGGAGGUGCGGUUGGUGCACCGGGACCUGGCCGCUCGCAACGUCCUCGUCAAGAGCCCCAACCACGUCAAGAUCACCGACUUCGGGCUGGCGCGGCUGCUCGACAUCGAUGAGACCGAGUACCACGCCGACGGCGGCAAGGUCCCCAUCAAGUGGAUGGCGUUGGAGUCCAUCCUCCGCCGGCGCUUCACUCACCAGAGCGAUGUCUGGAGCUAUGGCGUCACCGUAUGGGAGCUGAUGACGUUUGGGGCGAAGCCCUAUGAGGGGAUCCCUGCCCGGGAGAUCCCGGACCUGCUGGAGAAGGGCGAGAGGCUGCCGCAGCCGCCCAUCUGCACCAUCGACGUCUACAUGAUCAUGGUGAAAUGCUGGAUGAUCGACUCCGAAAGCCGGCCCAAGUUUCGGGAGCUGGUCACCGAGUUCUCCCGCAUGGCCCGGGACCCGCAGCGCUUCGUGGUCAUCCAGAAUGACCUGGCCGGGCUGCCUGGCUCCAUUGACAGCACCUUCUACCGGGCCCUGCUGGAGGAGGAGGACAUGGAGGACCUGGUGGAUGCUGAGGAGUACCUGGUCCCUCACCACGGCUUCUUCAGCGCCGAGACCUCCACCACCUACCGCAGCUGCAUCUCCUCCAUGCGGAGCACAGCAGAGACCCCGGUGGACGCAGAGGAGGGCGAGGGCUUGGCCCCCUUCCCCUUCCCACCGCAGGGCCUGGCGGAGGGGCCGGAGGGCCCCGUGCUGGAGCCCCCGGAGGGGGAUGCCGGGGUGAAGGCGGCCCUGCAGAGCCCGCUGGCGGCGCGGGAGCCCAUCACCGUGCCGCCGCGGUACAGCGAGGACCCCACUGCGCUGGCGGCCGAGGACAGCGAGGAGCCUGAGGGCUUCAGCCCGGCGCCCUGCAGCACCAUGCCGGAGUACGUCAACCAGGCUGAGGAGCGGCGGUCGCCACCGCGGCACCCCCGUGGCCCCCCGUCCCCCCCGGACAAGCCCAAGGGGCACCAGGGCUUGAAGAACGGGCUCAUCAAGGAAGCCAAGCACCCCUUUGGGCACGCCGUGGAGAACCCCGAGUACCUGGCACCCCCCGGUGCCCCUUUCAGCCAGGCCUUCGACAACCCCUACUACUGGAACCAGGACCCCCCCAAAGCCCCCGGCCCCGAGGGGGGCCCUGGCACGACACCCACGGCCGAGAACCCCGAGUACCUCGGCCUGGCCGGCCCCGACAGCGCCGCGGCGUAGGGCCACGGAGCCCCCAUCACUUCACAGAGGCAGCUUGGGGAGGGCCAGCACGAGGCGAGACACGGAUGUGGGGCCGGCGGCUGUGCCCAGCGCUGUGGGGUGACACCGGGCACGGAUGCUGUGGGGC